CCUACACGAGCAAGAAUACGAGGAAGAAUACGAAAUCCGAGCUGGUGUCCGUAGAGACCAUCAGAUGCCAUGGCUCGCCCUCCGGACAAGGGCCUGUUCAGCUCUUAGACGACCCCCGCCCACCGUUGCCUCAUCCUCUUCACUGCUGCCCGUGCCUCGUCGUCGAUUCGGGUCCUCCAUCGCGAGCCACGCCAAGGGCACCAUACGGGAGGUCCCUAUCCUCCCCUCGCGGGAUACGGGGGUGUUCGAACAGGCGUACAAGCGGAAUCUGCCAGUCCGGCUCCCUCGCUCAAGAACGCAUCUCCCUCCGGCCUGCUCGAAAUGGUUCAUCCACGACGGCAACCCGGACUUUGAUCUUUUCGGUUCCCCCUCCGUCAUCACGGACGGGGAUGUCGAAGAAGGUCGACCCGGCGAUUGGAUCAACGUGCCUCGCUCGUCUGAGCUGCGGACCUCAUUCUGGUCAGAGCAUGAAUCCACAUUUGUGCCGUUGGAGAUAACCACCAGAGACGCUUUAUCAGUUCUCCCGCCCGGCAGCAUUGACGCGGAGAACGAGGGAUUCGAGCGCAUCACCGCCCCCUUGAAGAUCCUGAUCGCGUAUCUUGCCAGACCACCGACAACAAACCCCACCAACACUUCCCAACUUGACCGUGAUAUGUCAAUCUACCUCGCGCAAUGCGACCUCUCCUCUCUCCCGGAAUCAAUGCAAUCCGACGUCCCCAUCCCCAAGCUGCUUCGCCCCCCCUCGUCUUCCCGUGGCACCAUAAAAGGCGACAUCUACGCAUCGUCCCUCUGGCUCGGUCGUCCGCCAACCUACACCCCAUUACACCGCGAUCCGAACCCGAACUUGUUCAUCCAACUGGCGGGCCAAAAGACUAUUCGUCUCUUGCCUCCAGAGAUCGGCGACGCUUUGUAUCACGAGGUCAUCACGAAGUUAUCUCCGACCUCGACUUCGUUCUCCACCGCCAUCAGGGGCGAGGAGAUGAUGGUCGGGCCACAGAAAGCGGCGCUGCACGAUGCCAUCUGGGAUCCUUCCAGCAUUUACAGCGACCUUGUCGGGGUCCAUGGCAUACAGACGACGCUCAGACUCGGUGAGGCACUCUUUACCCCCAAAGGGUGGUGGCACAGUGUCAAAGGGGUUGGCGAUGGUGUCACAGCCAGCGUCAAUUGGUGGUUCCGAUGAGCCUGAAGCCGGCAGUAUGAAAAUGUGAGAGUGUCAAUCAAAUUAUGCUAUCUACUGGCUUCUGAACUGAAAAUUUUCAGUCCUACACCCUCGUUCAGACAAGAAGAAACUCUUCUUGGGGGCGACUGUAAUCCCUUUGGUGCAUAGACAAUAGAGGCCGAAUAUAUUGAUAUCCUUGGACAGGGUUAUAUCGGCUUAAUCCCUGUGUCAGAAAUUCUCCCCUCCAGAAAGUCGUGGGCUCGAAGACAAUCGCGGGCCCCAGGAGGGCGAAUCGUCCAUCGGUGGUUUCCCGCAUCACAAAGAAGCAAUCGGAGUCGUCUAACUGCACCAAAACAUCUCCAUCAUUCGUCAAGCUCGACACAAAAGCAUAAAGAGGUUCCUGACAACGCGGAGACGACUUUACGUCUGCCUCUAGAGACAGUUGCCGCCGUGUGUAUUUGCAAUCCUUUUGGAUACGAUCAAUGUGUUUUGAGAACUUGAAAGUGGCGCAGCAGGAAUACGAACGGUCUCCGAGCGCUUUGGAGCCUCGAGGACGUCUUGCAGGACCGGAGAAAGGUCUCCAUUAUGUUCCCUUCUCACCACAGUAAGAUUGUCGCUGUCGAAACUGUCGCGAGACUGCGGAACUGAGGGACUGCCGUCUGCGCUGAUCGAAACAAUGCUGGCGAAUCGCGAGCCACGGCACACGAGAAUGCCAUGAUCAUUGAAGUCCUGGCUCAGCUUCGUAUAUCGCUUGAAGCUGGCCGGGACCGGGGCUUUCAUACGGUAUCGGGGAACGUCGACGCGUAGGUCGAUAGCCCAUGAGGGCAGAUCCGCGGCAUGGAUACUUCUGUCCUGAAGAAUGCAGAGACAAUCUAGCGUGCGCUCCUGGUUGAUAGUCUGCUUCAAGAAGUCUUGAAACACGAGAGAAACAGGCUUGUUAUAGUCGAUUGCAGGAAAAUCCCUGCCGCAGCCCGUUUGGCGGAUGUGGAAUGAUGUAUGCUGGUCCUCGGAUGCGAUGCUCAGUGUUGAAAAGACCUUGUCUUGUGGAAGUGUCGUCGACUCAACUUAUAUAUUACCCGCAGUAAAGAUAACCCGUAGUAAAACCGGCCGAGAAAAACCAACCCCUUCGGGGGCGAGUUUCGCUUAUCACGAACCAGAGUUGAGCUGCUUCGUGCUUAAGUUUUUGCUCCCCGGGGGGUUUGGCCUUUUCUUUUUGUGCGUGUGUGUG